AUGGUCCACUUGAAAGGGCAUGAUUUUCGACGGCAUUGCAAUAGCAUUGGCCAAUAUCUACGUGAACUACGUGUCAAACGAGAUCUAAUUACUGCUGAUGUUACAAUUAUUUGUGCUCAAAUGCAGACCGAUUUCUUGCACAGCACCAUCGGUGCUAUAUAUUCUAAUUGCAUUCGUAGGAUGCUGAAAUGCCAUCAGACACCGCUUCUGAUUUCACUGCUGAACCGUCCAUAUAAAGUCGUUUCAGCAGUCAUUGAUUGGAUGUAUACCGGUCAGAUUCAAGUGACAGCGGAAGAAUAUGGUGAGCAUCUAAAGGUUGUUAGCAGUCUUGGUGUUGAAAAAUUGCAACAAAAUAUGGAAAGUAGGUUGCAAGCAUUAGCUGCUCAGAAUGACCGUAUCAUCUGCUGUAUUAAUAUAGCUACCGAUCCGGAAUGCUCGGUUUCCUUUAUGGUACAAGAAAUGAUUUGUAAAAAAUUCGUCGUGACAAUGCACUCUCUCUCAAAUACUGAUAUUCAAAAAUUAACUUUAAAUGCCAUCACAGCAUUAGUUGCUUCUCCAAAUAUCAAGUCGAAAGAGAAAAUUGACACGAUCAAUUUUGCUCUGCAAUGGUUGAAAAACUCAGCACAUUCACGAUUCCUUGAUGUUGUGCUUGGAUCGCUCCAUAUGGAGAUGCUGAAACCUGACCAACUGAUAGUGCUGGUACAGCACCUUCAACGCCUCUAUCGAGAACUUCCGCAAAAUCUUCUGGAAUCCAUCCAUAUAUAUAUUUGUAAUAAACGCAUUGUUAUCAGCAGUAACUCAAGAAAAAGCGGCAGUGUUAUUGUACCGAAUUUUUCCGCAGAUGUGAGUGAAACGGAAUCAGAAUAUAGAAAUGCGGAAACUGGGAAAAUGGAUGCUGAAGUGAACACUUCGUAUAUUGCUGAAAUCGACAAACUGCCAAGUUUCGAGGAUUCAAUUAAGAUUUAUCAGCCAACAAGUGGUGGUAGCCAAGAGUUCACUAAUGCCCGAGUUUUCAUAUUCAAAGAGUCUGAGAAAAUUGCUAAUUUCUCAGGAAAGUACCGGAUCUCACAAGGACAAAAGUUUUUCCAGCAUUUUAAUAACACUGUCCUUUAUGCAUUGGAUUACUUCACAUAUGACUGUCAAGCAUUAAAAAAUCCUUUGGAUACUCCUCCCCGAUUAGCGGCUGCAGGAACAUUCGAUGAAAAAACUGACAAAACAACUGAAUGCCAUUCUCUUGGAUUACAUGGUCUUGGAAAUAUCAAUAUGAUAACAGCAGUGAGUGAGGAGGACCGGACAAUUGGACGAAAUGCUUUUAGCAGCGACAGUCUUGCCGAAAUUCAACAGAUACAAAAUCCAUUUUCGCACAACUCCACCAGAAGAUCAUGUGAAACGAUUAGUGCAUGUGCUUUUGAUCCCGAAAAUAUCGCCAAAAUUGAUCAACAACCAACACUAUUUUCAAAUCGUCCGGGAACUAUUGAAUAUCAGCAAAUAUCUGGUGGAACAGCAAGAAACUCAUCAUCACCGUCCACGGAAACUAUCAACCGAAAUUUGCAUGGUGUUGAGAGUGUUACAGAUAUUGCACACAUACCGAAACAAUUCCAUGGCAAAAGAUAUUUUACACCAAAUAUGAAUCACUAUCUGGGCGGUAGUCGGUUUGUCUAUAAUCUGACGGAACAGAUCAGACAAACGAAGGACAAAUUAUGUGAUUUUGGAGGUAUUCGAAGUGUGAAGAAUUAUUGGCAUAAUCGAGAGUUAUCGCAAGAAAGUGAUUUGCAAACUGUGAACCGCUAUGCAUUUGGAGAACAAAGUCUUGCUGAUAUUCGUGACAUAAAAAGUCAGUUCUCCACACACAAUAACGAAAAAAAUUCAUCCGAAGCUCCCAGAAGUGGCCCGUAUAGAACGGAAGGAUGGUUAGCCAACGAAGAUCUCGUUGGAAAUGUUCGCGUCGCUGCUACAGGAACAGUCACAGCACUACCUUAUGCUCGUUACACCACUUCUGAAAUUGAGGACAUCAAUGCAUAUCCGGAAUUUGUUCGUGAAGACCAAGUGAUUGGUAAGAAAGCGUUCACUCGUGAGGAAUAUGAAGAAUUGCGUGGGAUCCCAUCCAUUACUGACCAGGAGCCGAGAAGAUCGCCCAUUAUUAAUCGAUAUGAACUGUCCGAUGAAGAACAGAGUGAUAUCAAAAAUUUGCCGGAUAUCGUCGACUCACAAUAUGUAAUUGGGCGCGGUAUACGUACCGAAGAAGAAAUUCAGGAAAUUAAAGCACUUCCAGACAUGUUAGCUAUCUCUACUUUAUACAUCUGUGAAUGUGAGAUAGAUAGAUUGAUCGAUGAGUUAGUUAUUUGUAGACAUUGA